CCAGUUGCCAUAAAGCAAGGAAAUGCAAGAGCGGCAAGUCACAUCCCUCUAGCCGUGGAUGCCUUGCGAGCAGACUCCAAGCUGGCGUGAUUGCUGCCAGGCGUGAUGGCGCGCUACCUUGCUUCACGAGCAUGGGCUAGCUCUGCAGCUGCCUGUACUGGGUUGGGCGGCGCCGAGGCUGCAGUCGGGCCGGGCGUGUGGGCGCUCCUCGGACUAGCAGGCGGCGCAAGCCCCUCGUGGAGGUGCAUCGCCUCCCAGACCCCACAGGCGGCAGCGCAGCAGGAUAAGGAGCAGCAGCACCAAGAAGAGCCGCUGUCACGGCAUGAGGCGGCGCCUCAGCCGGCACAGAAACGCGCAGGCGUGCCAGGUGCCAGCAGCAGCCUCAGGGACGAUGUGGCGUACGGGAGCAUUGGCGGGCGUGUCAGAAGCCGUCCGGCCGUCGCCGACACACGCACUCCUGACACCGCCAGUACUGCGGGCAGCGCCAGCACUAGUGCCCCUGACUCAAGUAGGGAGGGUUCAAGCUCUGCCGCUAGCAGCAUCAACAGCAGCAGCAGCAGCAGCAGUGGCAGUAGCCCUGCCGGCUCGAGAAGCACAAAAAGUGCCGUGCGCGGAGCAGACAUCCUGCACCGAUUCCGCGAGGAGGGUUUCGCUGCCACGCCGCCAGUGAGCUUCAUCCGGGGUAUGCCCGCACCCACAGCCAUGUCGUGGCUACGGCGGCGCGGCCCCGAGGUGCCACACGCCGUGCUGUACCGCCUGUUCCGGCAGCGCCAGGUGCGGCUGUAUGAUGGAGAUAAGGUGGUGCGGGUGCGCGGCUGUCGCCAGCUGGCCAACGGGGAGCAGUUGCUGUUCCCCGCCUCGCUGCGGCCGGCGGCCGAGGCGGGGGCCGGACCCGGCGGCGGCCUGAUGGAGGCUGCAGGGGCGGGGGCGCGGGACGCGGCAGCGGCGGGGCGUGCGGCGUCCCACGGCGAGGCCGGGCCCGGACCAGGCAGCAGAGCGGGAAGUGCUGGUGUGGUUGUAGGGGCGGGGGCGGCGGUCACCGCCGCCGGCGUGACGGCGGCCGUCGCGCAACGGAGCACGCUGUUCAAGCCGGCAGGCGGGGCAGCCGCAACAGCUGCAGUUGGUGGAGCCGGCGGUGGUAGCAACAGUGGCAGUAGCAGUAGCAGGGGCGGCAGUAGCGGCCUGCUAACGCCGCAGCUGCUAACGCCCGAGCGUGUGCGGCGGUGGGUGCUGGGCGUGCAACCGGGGCUGGUGUUCAUCAACAAGCCCGCCGGCGUCCGUGUGCACGGCCGCGCGGCUGGGGACGUGGACAGUGCGGGCGGCCGUGAUGGCGGCGGCCCCACCCUCGAUUCAGUGAUGGGGGAAGCGCUCCGAUUUGGCGAGCAGGAUGAGCCAAAGCUGGUUCACCGGCUGGACGCACAGGCCAGCGGCGUCAUGGUGGUGGCACGCAACGCCGACGCCGCCGCCUGGCUCAGCGCGGCCUUCCGCGGCAAGUCGCGGCAGGCGCUGGCGGAGGAGGAGGGCGAGCAGGGCGAGGACGCACGAGGCGGCGGGCGCGGGCGCGGGCGCGGGCGGCAGGACCCCCGGGGGCGGCAGGGCCGGGGGCGCGACGCUGACGACAUUCCCGAGGACUUGUACGUGGCCCGCACAUAUUGGGCCUUCCUGGCCGGUGACCUACAGCCGCGGCAGUCGGGGCGCAUCAGGUUCCCAGUGGCGGUGGACGGGUCCUUCUACCCCGCCGUCAGCAGCUACCGGGUGCGCGGCACCGGCUGCGGCGUGACCUGGGUGGAGCUCACGCCGGAGACAGGCCGGCGCCACCAGUUGCGCAUCCACUGCGCGCGCAAGCUGGGCGCGCCCAUCAUCGGCGACGGCCGCUACGGCUACGGCGGCCUGCCGCCGCGCCUGGGGCUGCGCGACCGCCUGCCGCCCGAGUGGUGGGCGCUGCUGGGGGAGGACCCCCGCGUGGUGGCGCUGCGGCUGCAGCAGCAGGCGGCGGAGCAGGCGGAAGCGGAAGUGGAGGCGGGGGCGGCAGUAGCAGGCGCAGGGAGCGGGGGAGCGAGGGCUGGCAGGGGCGGCAGGGGAAGGUCGGCAUCGCCGGGGGCGGCACGGGCGGCGGUGCCGAGUGUGCCGAUUAUGCUGCACGCGCGCGAGCUGGUGAUUAAGCGGCCCGGCAAGUCGCCGCUGGUAGCUGUGGCGCCUCUGCCGCGCUAUGUGCGCGAGCUGAUGGAGGCGGCGGGCUGGCCGCUACCGAGGGACGGGUGAAGGGUGACGGCUGCAGCGCGGCGGCAUCGGGAGUGUGUGGAGGGCAGCCUAGGCAAGGCGGUGGUGGUGGUACUGGUGACCGGCGUGGCAAUCGGCGGUGGGUGGUGGGCUGCGAAUUUGUGGGUUUGGGUGUCGCAGCAGGAUACAUGGAUGCGGAACUGGCAGGAUUGGCUGCGGUGGACUGCAAGGUUGGCAAGGUCAGCUGUGCGCCGGAAAUGCUG